AUGAGGAUUAUGUCAUGUUACUUUCGGCGUCUCAUAAUAACAGCGUUAUUCGUCACGCUGCUGUUCUGUGUCAUUCAAGUUCUACGAUCAGAAUUGGGCUUUGCUGACAAUGAUCUGUCAAAUUUGGAUAAAUUAAUACACAUAUCUCAAUUAAUUAAGGAAUCCAACCAACCUUCUGUUAGGGAAGGAGACGUGGCUUGUAAGCUGCCACACUUGGAUGUUUCUAAUCCAGAAAUCACAAAAUUCUUACACGAUGUUCCUCCAUUGUCUUGCACGCCUGAGGAUUGGGUUAUACUUCGUGGUUCAAGACUUGUAAUUAGCAACAGAGCAAAGAAAAAAUAUGGAUCCAUAUCUUGUUCUUUCAGUGAAAUUCUCAGAGAUGAUGAUUAUAAUGUAUCAUUUAUGCCUUCUGUUGAAUCCGAUGACUCCUAUGUUCUGAAACAUAGUGAUUUUGUUAAUGUCAAAUGUGAAUCAAAAAAUGGAGAUGAAUGGCACUCUGUUAUGGCUGGAGUAAAGGAUGAUCCUCAGGUGAAAGAAAAGAACCGAUGGGAAAAUGUUGGAAGCAAGGCCCUUAAAUUAAAUGUACUUAUGUUUGGUUUUGACUCCCUGUCUAGAAAUACAUUCAUACUCCUAGAAGGAUACAAUAUAGUAGGUGAUGGAACACCACAAGCACUCAUUCCUAUUCUUACUGGAAAAAUUGAACUUGAACUACCAGAUACCAGAAAACGAAUGGGUCUGAAAGCGAAUUAUGUUAAUGUAUAUCCAAUGAUAUGGAAUCAGUACAAACAACAUGGAUACAUAACAGGAUUUAUGGAAGAUGUACAUCAUAUUGGAACAUUUACAUAUCGCUUAAAAGGCUUUAAAGAACAACCGACUGACCAUUAUAUGAGAACGUUCUAUUUAGCUGCUAGCCCAUACUUUAGAUAUUAUAACAAAUAUUGUGUCGGAGGCAUUCCGAGACAUAUGGUGAUGCUGAAUUAUAUUAAAGAAAUUUUCAAUGUUCAUAAAAAUCAACCAAAAUUUAUGUUUGGAUUUCACGGUGAACUUUCACAUGAUUCUUACAACGAUAUAGGAGUAGUUGACGACGAUUUACACAAUUGGUUAAAAGAUUUACACGAAUUUGGUCAUUUAAAUAACACAGUACUUAUAUUAAUGAGUGACCAUGGACACAGAUUUGCAGAAAUUCGCAAUACUGUACAGGGUAAACAGGAAGAAAGAUUGCCAUUCUUUUCAUUUGUGUUUCCUCCUUGGUUCAAAAAAGUAUACCCAGAAGCAUAUGCAAACUUUCUACAUAACACGCAUUAUUUAACAACGCCAUUUGACGUACAUAAAACAUUAGAAACCAUAUUGAAUCUUGAAAAACCGAAAAUCGGAAACCGUCACGAAAGAGCUAUUAGUUUAUUUGAUAAGGUACCAUUAGAUAGAACGUGUGCAGAUGCUUUUAUAGAACCACAUUGGUGUGCUUGCCUUAGUUGGCAAGAAAUCUCAGUUGAUGAGAAUAAUGUAAUUGCUGCAGCUAAAUAUUUUAUUGAAUUCCUUAAUAAAUACACAGAAGAUCAUCGCGAUAUAUGUGAACCGUUAAAAUUGAAAGAAAUAUUAUGGGCUGCUAAACUUAUACCUAAUAAAGGUUUAUUAAAAUUUCAAAAAUCUGGAGACCAAGAUGGUUUUAUAGGAGAUUUUAGUGCAAAAACAAAAUUAACAAGUGAAGUUUAUCAAUUGAAAGUAAAAACUAAACCAGGAGAUGGAUUAUUUGAAGUCAGUAUUACUUACGAUAUAAAAAAGAAUGCCUUUUCUACCAAGAUUUCAGAUGUUAGUAGAAUUAACAUGUAUGGAUCUCAAGCAAGAUGUGUGGAAAACUCUUUAUACCAUUUACGAAAAUAUUGUUACUGUAAGGAUUAA